AGUGGUUCCGGGGUUGAGACAGUUCAAAGGGCAUGCAGAGGUCGUGUUGUGCUUUUCCUUCUUCCUUACAUGUUUGUUUGUUUUUAAGCCAGCCGGUUCUGGUGAUGUGAUGGCUUUCCUGACUCUCUUCGUGAGAAGGCAGCUGCCGCAGGCCGUCAGCUACUUCGCUCGCGUAGUGGAGCUGGGCCGGCCAGGCCGCGGCGGCGGAGCCCCGCUGCGGAGGCUGCAUGGCUCGGCGCGGCAGCGGGUCGGGGACAAGGGGCCGUGGGGCAAGAGCCAGCGGGGUCCGGAGCAGCCACUGCAGCAGUACCACCUCACAGACCUCGACAAGGCGGACGCUUUGAUGCUAAGGAAGUCGCAUGAAACAGGGUUCCUGUCGUGGUUCAGGAACGGCUUGCUGGCGACUGGGAUUGGAGUCAUCGCUUUUGUCCAGAGUGAAGUGGGACGGGAAGCGGGAUACGCCUUCUUCAUCCUGGGAGGCGUCUGCGUGUCGUUUGGCGGCGCGUCCUACGUUGGCAGCCUCUUCGCCCUGCGGAGGCUGAUGCUGCUGUCGGUGCCAGCUCUGCUGCUCCAGGGCACCGUGGUGACCACCGCCGCCCUCUUCUGGCUCUGCGCCGUAUCGCUGUACAUCGGCCGCCUGGAGGUGGAGAUCAUCCACGAGGACGAGGAGGGGGACGGCGGGGAGGACGACGGAGAGUGCCGGCAGUGCCGCGAGAGGAGGGAGCAGCGAGGUCACAGAGGCUCCCAGGACAGUGAGGACAGUGGCAGCAAGGGCCAAAACAAAUAGCGAUCUUCCAGGAAUGCUCAGUAGUGUGUGUGUGGGUUUUUUUUUUUUUUUUUUCCUUGAUGCUCUGAUUCAGGAUUUCUCUUAUUUGUAUGUCUGUGCAAAAUGCAUAUAUGUUCAUGUGCAGACUGUGAGCUUAAAAAAUGCAAGCCUGUCAUCUGUUGUUAUAAAAAAUUAUUCAGGUGAAGAAAAACUUUUAACUUUUUUUUAAAAAACAUUUAAAGAUGCUGAAAAUUGUGUAAAAUCUGUUUAUUUGCUGAAUAAACAUGUUUUUUUUUCCCAAAAGCUCCUUUAGUUCAUCUAAAAAUGUUCAUCUGUUUUUUUUUUUUUUUUUAAUUUGAUGCUUAUGAUUUACUUUUUGUGCCACUGUAGUCAGACGGUCUCCUCUCUUCUUUGCAGACUGUCUUAUCAACCUGAUCACUAGAAUCAAGGCUGACCGUUCACUUUAAAAAAAAAGUCUUCAAAAUAACAGGGAAUGACAGUUGUUUUGUCUCAAAAGGUUUUUUUUAAUUAAUCUGAGAAAAUGACACUGAGGGCUUAAGUUUAAAAAAAAAUAUUUUACCACUGCAACAGCACUUUUGUCAAAGCUUUGAUUUUUGUCAAUAUACUUCCUUAAAACUGUUUGGAAACAGGAUAUUUUUUCACAGUUCUCUCUGUGUUUAUGUAUUUUGUUCUGUAUUUUAUUUUAUUUUUUUAAAUCAUGUAUAGUACCAAACUAUAUCCAAAAACUCUUUACAGUGAAUCUUCUGUUUUCAGGUUAUGUCUAUAAGUUCAGUUUUAAUGGACGCAAGGAGUUGAUGCUGGUAAUUAUAUUGAAUUUGUUUGUGGAGAUCGGGGGUUUACUAUCGUUUACUUAUGUGCACCACAGUGCAUACAAUAAUAAAACCAGAGGAAAUCUGUAGUGACACCCAGCAUCAGUGUUGGAUUUUUUUCUGAUAAAUCCCCAGUGGGAUAUU